AUGAAUGAAAAUUUCCGCAAGGAAUUCAAACAAUUGAUUCCCUGCAUAGAAACUUCUGCGCAAUUUAGAGGCAACAUUCAGAUGGAGCAAUUAGGAGUUGGUCCAUCUGAGAAGACGUUCAAUGGAAAUACUACAACUGACAGCUAUCUAUCUAGCUCGAAUCGAGCUACAUCAUUUAGACAUAAAAGAAAACCAAGCGCCGCGGCUGAUGUGGAGAAAAGUGGGGUUGAAUUAAACGAAGAUCUUCUUAAUGUUGACGUUAAGCAUUGCCAUAUCUCGACUAGUUACAAUUUGAGGCGAGAAUCGGUGAAGUUGCGACUGAUCAACGAGGAGUCAUUUGAUGGAUCAUCAACACAAAGUCAAUUCUAA